AGCGAUUCUGUUAUUAUCAAUAUGGCUUCUGUCAGUCAGACAAAGGCGAAUCAGUUUAUGCCUUGAAAUGAAAUCAAAUUAGGAAAAGGUAGCGGGAGAGUCGGACAUCGUCCUGUUUUGCUGGUUCAUGUCUGGCGACGUGGAUUAAAGAGACGGAAACACUGUCAAUUGAGUUGAAUAAAUGCAGUGGUGCACGGAGGCCCUGCACGCGCACAAUCAGAAUGUCCCAUUACACAGAUGAGCCUCGUUUUACCAUUGAGCAGAUCGACUUGCUGCAGCGGCUACGUCGGAGCGGCAUGACAAAGCAAGAGAUCUUGAACGCGCUGGACACCCUCGACCGGCUGGACCGCGAGCACGUGGAGAAGUUCGGCCACCGGCACGCCCACGGCGGAAAUGGGGCAGCCGCCAUCAAUCACGGCAACACCACCACCUCUUCAAACUCCUGCACUACCUCCUCUAACAACCUCACAGCCUCUUCUUCAACGACAUCUACAGCCACGCAGACGGGGUACCGUGGCAAUGGCCUCUCUCCAUCCCCUAGCAACAUCUAUGACACCUCCCCGCCCCCGACUGUCCCCACCCCCGUGCCAGUAGUAGCACCCAUGGUCCAAAAUGGACGGGACAGCCUUGCCUCUAUGCCCAAUGGUAAGCUGUCCCCGCCCCGCUUCGCCAUUAGCAACACCUCCUCGCGGGCCUUCGCUUUCGAGCACCCAGAUGAGGACGUGGACAUCGAUGAUAAAGUCGAGGAGCUCAUGAGAAUGGACAGUGCUAUAAUUAAAGAAGAGAUUAAAGCCUUCUUGGGGAACCGGCGAAUAUCACAGGCAGUAGUUGCCCAAGUUACAGGUAUCAGUCAGAGCCGGAUCUCUCAUUGGCUGCUCCAGCAGGGCUCAGACCUCAGCGAGCAGAAGAAAAGAGCUUUCUACCGCUGGUACCAACUAGAGAAAACUACACCUGGUGCAACUCUAGCGAUGCGGCCCACCCCGAUGGCCCUGGAGGACAUUGUGGAGUGGCGUCAAACCCCUCCCCCCAUUAGCAGCACCCAGGGCAGCUUCCGUCUGCGGCGUGGCAGCCGCUUCACCUGGAGGAAAGAGUGUCUGGCGGUGAUGGAGAGUUAUUUCAAUGACAACCAGUACCCCGAUGAAGCCAAACGAGAGGAAAUUGCCAACGCCUGCAAUGCAGUUAUUCAGAAACCAGGGAAGAAGCUUUCAGAUCUUGAGAGGGUCACGUCUCUGAAAGUUUACAACUGGUUUGCCAACAGACGGAAGGAAAUUAAGAGAAGAGCCAACAUAGAAGCAGCAAUCCUGGAGAGUCAUGGGAUUGAUGUCCAAAGCCCGGGAGGUCAUUCCAACAGUGAUGAGAUCGAUGGAAAUGACUACGGUGAGCCAGUAGCUGCUGACCAUGUUUUGGGAAUGGAUGAUAACACAGGCCCAAAUGAACACCAGGACCCCAUAGCUUUGGCAGUGGAGAUGGCCGCUGUCAAUCACAGCAUCCUGGCACUGGCGAGGCAGGGCGGAGCCACCAGUGACAUCAAAACAGAGGUGCUGGACGACGAGUGAGAAUCCGCCCUUUGACGUGGAGCAUGGAGGGAAGCCGAAGAAGAAAUGUGGGGUUACGCAAUUAAAGCCAAACAGAUUGUGCGAGAACUAUGAUUAUGAGGAAUAUGCCCAGAUCGUGGAUGACCAAAGUGAAUGCGGAGGUUAUAAAGACUGUUAACCCAACAUUCCCUCCUUCCACCUCUCUCCUACGUGUGCCGCCUCAAUAGUCUUUUAAUUAAAGCCGUUCUCCUACACGCAGCAGCUUGAAGAGGCACUGCGAUUAAACUGUUAACGAAACACGUUCGCUAAAAACUUCAUGCGACAUAUCACCCUGCCAUCUCACACCAGGAUAGUGAAUUUUGCCUCUGUUUUUCCUUCUUUCAGGAAGUCUUCUUUGCAGGAUACAAGAGGAAGCUGCUUUCUGUGUGUAAUGCACAUCCUGGGAGUCACAAAUAAGCUUUUUUUUAGACGUAUCAAAAUAGCUAUCAGAUGACAAACCUGUGAAAAGUAUCAGCUGCUUCAAAAGUUCUUUCAGAAUGUCUGAAAUACCAUUUCAACUCAUCAACAUACCUUUGUUCCAAUUGAGUGUAAGAUUUCAGUCGAUGAGAUCGCCACUAGCUAACAAGCAAGCUUGUAUUUAAAAAGUCAGGAGCAGCUGAGCGAGAUUUUUGAACAUGGGCUUCAGCCUUAAUGCAAGUAUUUAUAAGCACUUAAAUUACAGAAUGUGUAAAAUCUAUUGACUAGUCGUUUCUGUGAAAAUUAACUGUUGAUGACGCUGUUUAAGUUAACGUUAUGGUAAUAUUCCUGGAUACUAGGGAUGUAACGAUUCACUCAACACAUGAUUCAUGAUUUAAAAAAAAAAAUUUUUACAAAAUGAGAUUUAAGACAAACGUGUCAUUUUAUUAUUGCUUGGACAAAAUGCUGCACGUUUCUUUGUGAAAUUGAAAUUUAACACUAUGAUAAUAUACUCAUAUAGCACUGGCAUAUCAUUGCUCUUUUGUUGGUUUCGAUUGCUUCUAUUCUCAUUUCUAAGUCGCUUUGGAUAAAAGCGUCUGCUAAAUAACAAAAUUUAAAUGUAAUGUAAAUGUCAAUAACGAAACAAAAGCCCCAAAUCCAAUAAAUAACACAAAUUAAAAGAAAUAUCUUCAUAUAAACAAAAUAAGGCUUAGUUUGUACCCGUUCCAUUUGAAAUGAGAGGCAACCACUGCAUUUUAAUCAAGAUCCAUACAAAGAUGCUGCAAACAUGCAACAUGAGUAGUUUUUAAUCUUAAAUUAGAUUGUAUAAUUUGAAGCAAAAAC